AUGUUGACGCCAACGUCAUUACUACGGAUUGUAGCAGUAUCGAGCUUCACCACGGCACAAUUUCUCGGCAGUUCAUUGUACAAUGCAUUAGCAGGCUAUGGUGAAUCAGAUAUGUGCCGAUAUAUUUCAUGUCCUUUUGGACAAUAUUGUUGGAAUGGUAAUUGUAUAAGCACAGGAGGGCUGUCUGGAGCAAGGGGUCUUGGUGGAUUGAGUGCUCUGACUGCGGCUGCUUCACUCUAUGGAGGAAGAGGUAUGUACGGAGCUGGAGGAGUACCACCUAUGGGUGUAGGAGCUUAUGGUCCCCUAUCAGCUGGCAUGAUGGGAGGGAAAAGCUAUUUGCUUUUUCUUAUAGAUGCUCGAGUAUUUGAUCGGAUACGGCAAUUGCAAUUAACACAGUUGCAUGGCACACAGCCAUGUAAUUUGAUGCAGCAAUGUUUAAAUGGACAAAUAUGCGUAAAUGGAUUUUGUAGCCGAAGCAAUGUUGCAUAUAGCGGAAGUCAAGCUGUUCCAUCGCAGACAACCUGUUUGACCGGUGCGAUUUGUCCCGUUGGUCAAUACUGUAUUGGUGGAGUUUGCAUGCAAAAUGCAAUGUCUACUACAUUUGCUUGCCACAACGGUGUAUCCUGUCCACCUGGAAUGAACUGCUACCUCGGGCGAUGUAUAGCAAAUGGAUUACCUAUGGGUCCAAUGGGUACGAUGGGACCGAUGGGCACUAUGGGUCCAAUGGGUCCAAUGGGGCCGAUCGGGAAGAAAUAG